CUGUGUGUUCCUCUCUCGACCGCGACUGCUCGACGCUGUCCCAAUAUCUGCUUCAUUCCAUCUCCGACCCCAGUCUCCCCUCCUGAACGACUUGAAAAAUGGCUAGCAGACGUGGAAGCCAGACGGUCCAGCUCCCUUCGGGCCAGACCCUCACGACUUUCACGAAAUCCAGCACCGACGAUGAAGGACUCCCUCACGCAACCAAGAAAACCAUGGCGGAUCACCUCCGUAAAUUUGAGGCCUUGUUCAACUUGACCCCACAGCGGAUGCGUAUGAUCGUCGAGGCGUUCAGGGAGUCUUUGGAGCUCGGCCUUUCGAAGAAUGGGCAGAUUGUUCCUAUGAUCCCGACGUACGUUUUCGGAUGGCCCAAAGGUGACGAGACAGGAAACUUCCUUGCGGUUGAUCUUGGCGGCACAAACUUGCGUGUCUGUCUCGUCACCCUCGAGGGCAAGGGCAAGUUUGAGAUCACCCAAGCAAAGUACCGUCUAUCCGAGGAGCAGAAACAGGAAGAGGGCCAGAAGCUCUUUGAUUUCUGUGGAGGGUGCCUGAAAGCGUUCGUUGAUGCCAAUCAGGAGACGGGGCUGAUCCCCAAAGGCUCUAUUCUUCCCCUCGGAUUCACGUUCUCAUACCCGUGCUCACAAGACCGCAUCGACCACGGUGUGCUCAUUCGAUGGACGAAGGGUUUCGGUGCGCCGAACACUGAGGGUCAUGACGUUGUCCAAAUGUUCCGCAAAUCCCUCACGAAGCACUCUGUGCCUGCAGAGAUUGUUGCGCUCACGUGUGAUACGACCGGUACGCUUAUCGCCUCACAUUACGUGAAUCCCAAGACUCGCAUCGCGUGCAUCUUCGGUACCGGUUGCAACGCUGCAUACAUGGAGAAGGUCAAGGACAUCCCCAAGAUCGCUCACCUCGGGAUCGAUCCUGAGCAGGAGAUGGCUAUCAACUGCGAAUGGGGCGCGUUCGACUCGUUCGAGCAUGAGAACCUCCCGCGCACGAAGUACGACCAGAUCAUCGACGAGAGCUCCAACAAGCCAGGCGAGCAAGCGUUUGAGAAGCUUAUCUCCGGUCGUUACCUUGGCGAGAUCCUUCGGCUCAUCAUCUGCGAACUCAUCGACGAAGGCGUGCUCUUCCUGGGGCAGAACACAUACAAGAUCGAGAUUCCGUAUUCGUUCGACACUGCGUUCCUUUCGCUGAUGGAGAUGGAUCCGACUGAGGAGCUGCUGAUGAUCAUUGGAAUCUUCAACCACUUCUUCGCGCUCGAGACCACGCUUGCAGAACGACAGUUCUUCCGCGCGCUUGCGAAGCUCGUCGGGAGGCGCGCAGCGCGGCUGAGCGCGUGCGGGAUCGCGGCGAUCGUGAGCAAGAUGGGAUACCUGGAGGAAGGUUGCGCGGUCGGCGCGGAUGGAUCGCUGUACAACAAAUACCCCAUGUUCCCGGAGCGGGUGCACGAAGGCCUGCAGGACAUCUUCGGCGAGAAGGGAAAGAACAUCGUCACGUAUCGUGCAGAGGACGGCAGCGGUAUCGGCAGCGCGAUCGUCGCUGCGAUGACCAAGGCCCGGAAGGACGCCCAGAUUUACCCCACCCUAUAAGGACCCUUUUCCCCAACAGACAAGUACAAGUGGACAAUUGCGACGAGGAAGGUAGAAGGAGAUGUAUCAGAAGCGAAAUUCCAACAUUAACAAGUGAUGUAUCCGUACUCCGUUGAAGUCCGUGUUAUCCCUAGUUUGUUUGUACAAACGUAUGGCACUCUCUCCGUAUGUACCACAUAGAAGGACACUUUCCACACAAGAAAAG